AUGGUGAAUAAGCUCACACGACUGCAUGAGGCAGUCAUGUUCAAUUUCAAAGAUGUAUUUAUUAUGAAAGAUACUACAGUGAACGAUUGGAAAUUUUCAUUUCGUUUAUACGAAUUAAUACCAUUAGAGAUAUGGAAUUUCGAUAUUUAUUUCACAAGAAAAAACGAAGAAAAUUUAUGCUCAUUUCGAGUAUGGAUCAUUAAAAGUGAGUAA